AUGAAUAACAACGGCGGAAAAAAUGAUUAUGAAAGCAUUUUAGAAAAUAGAAAACUGAAAUAUGAAAAUUUAAGACGAAAUAAUUCAGCCUAUAACAAAUAUAUUGGCCCAAUAAUUAAUCUUAUUAAUGGAAUUUUGAAUUUUCUGAAACAACUUUUUAAUAUUCUAGCUAUAUUUUUUAGGACUUUAUUUGGAAUGCCCACCCAGCGAAGUCCAUAUAAUGGAAAAGGAAAUGACAAUGAUAAUUUUUAUAAAAAACCUAAAACUGGUAAUAUGCGAAGUAGAAUAACGGAAUUAAAAAACAUAAGUGCUUGUUUAGGAAGUACAUGA